AAUUCAAACCUUAUAAAAAAAAGCCCAAUCAAUCACAUCCCCAAUAUAAACGCUAUAAAACCCCCAUUUUUUACAUUAGUGAGCCGUGAAGCUAUUCAAGGUUUUUAGGGUUUCUCAUCCAGUCGCAUAAAUCAAGAUGGCUCCAAAACAGCCGAGUACUGGUCUCUUCGUAGGUUUGAACAAGGGUCACAUUGUUACCAAGAAGGAGUUGGCACCACGGCCCUCCGACCGCACAGGGAAAACCAGCAAGAGGGUUCUCUUUGUGAGGAGUAUUAUUAGGGAAGUUGCUGGAUUUGCUCCCUAUGAAAAGAGAAUCACUGAGCUCUUGAAGGUUGGGAAAGACAAGCGUGCUUUGAAAUUGGCUAAGAGAAAGUUGGGUACCCACAAGAGGGCAAAGAGGAAGCGUGAGGAGAUGUCCAAUGUGCUGAGGAAGAUGAGAUCUGCUGGAGGAACAGAGAAGAAGAAGUGAAGCUCGGACGUUCUGUGAUCCAUAUCUUGUAGGAACUCUUAAGAUGUUUUGAUUACUUAAAAGUUGAAGUAACUUCUGUUUAAAAUGUUUUACUUGCAUCCAAUUUUGCUUUGGCAAUGCUGCAUCACAGUAUUGUGAAACUAGUCUAAACUUUUUUCUUAUGCUUGUAAGUUGUAAUCAGUGAGACAGUAACAUUGGUCAAUGUAGGUUUGAUAUUAAAUUAUUACUAUGCCUUAUUGUCUCUCA